GGUUGGGAGUGUUGCUUUCACAUUCCACUGACUACAGUCAUUAUUUUUGUUCUGGACCUGAGGGUCCCUCAACCCUGGUCCUGUCAGCCACUCUGCUGGAUUGAACUUUUGCUGGAUUUCUCCCUUCUUCUCAUUCAUCCUUGUACAAGACUGAAAUUCUAUCAUUCUUAAUUUGACUACUGAACAUCAAAAGUGUGGGCUGAGCUAAGAGAAAUCCAAGAUGUCUUUACCAUUCUACCAGAGGCAUCAUCAACAUUUUGAUCGUGCAUAUCGCCACAAGGAGCUGGAGUCCACUCUAAGUCAGUACCAAAGGGAGGAGAAGCGCAAAUCUGCCAUCUACACUCAUGGAUCUACCGCCUAUAGUAAGGAAGCUGCAUUGGCCUACCACCAUGGCCAGCAGUCCUCAGCAUCUAGCCAUGAAUUGGCAGAAUCCUAUGCCCAUGAAUCAGCAGCUCACAGUAAAAGAUCUUCAGCCCUCAGUCUAGGAUCUGAAUUGAUAAGUAAGAAAGCGGAAGCCUACCAUCAUGGAUCUGAGUUGGUCAAUAAGAAAGCUGAAGCCUACCGCCUUGGAUAUGAAACCUACAGUCGAGGAAAAAUGUUGGACGAUUAUUCUUUCAAGUUAAGUCCCAAAGCAAAGCGGGCUAAGCAGAGUAUAUUGUCAGAAGAAGAGAAGGAAAACACAGCUAUUGAGUAUGUAGUACCUGUAUUCAGAGGAAGACAAACCCAUAUCAGCGGGCUUACAGACACAGAAGAAGAAAGAAUAAAGGAAAGUGCUGCAUAUAUUGCGAGAAGGAACCUUAUGGCAGCUGGGGAAGGAAUUACUGUAGCCAAAAAGGAAACUUCAUCUUCUAUGAAAGAAGAAACACAUCAGAAAAAGUCAAGAAAAAUAGCAAUACAAGAGACAGCUGAAGAAAUGGUUCUAAAGAAAACGUUAAGUGAUAAGAUAGAAUUCCACAGAAAGUUAAAUGAAGACAAACUGUUACAUGCUCCUGAAUUUGUUAUCAAACCUCGUUCCCACACUAUCUGGGAAAAACAGAAUGUCAAAUUACACUGCACUGUGACUGGCUGGCCAGAGCCUCGUGUUACAUGGUACAAAAACCAUGUUCCCAUCAAUGUCCACAUUAAUCCUGGCAAAUAUGCAAUCGAAAGUCGGUAUGGGAUGCACUCUCUGGAAAUAAACAAAUGUGAUUUUGAAGACACUGCACAGUAUCGUGCUUCUGCCAUGAAUGUAAAAGGAGAGCUUUCAGCCUAUGCUUCCUUGGUGGUGAAGAGAUACAAGGGAGAGUUUGAUGAGAGUUGUUUCCAUGCAGGAACUGUCACCCUACCCUUGAGCUUUGGUGUUACUCCACAUGGCUAUGCCUCCAAGUUUGAGAUCCACUUUAUAGAUACAUUUGAGGUUUCCUUUGGAAGAGAAGGUGAAACAAUGAGUCUGGGCUGCUCAGUUAUCAUUCACCCCGACAUUAAACGGUUCCAGCCGGAAAUCCAGUGGUAUAGGAAUGGAGUCCUAAUUUCUCCGUCCAAAUGGGUCCAGACGCAUUGGAGUGGAGAAAGAGCUACGUUGACCCUGACUCAUGCCAACAAAGAGGAUGAAGGCCUUUACACCCUCCGUGUGGUGAUGGGGGACUAUUAUGAUCAGUACAGUGCUUAUGUUUUUGUUCGAGAUGCUGAUGCCGACAUACCAGGAGCUCCUGGUUCUCCUCUGGAUGUGAAGUGUUUGGAUGCUAACAAGGAUUAUGUCAUCAUCUCCUGGAAACAACCAGCUGUUGAUGGAGGAAGUCCCAUCUUGGGAUACUUCAUAGAUAAAUGUGAAGUUGGCACUACCCACUGGGCCCAGUGCAAUGAGACACCAGUGAAGUUUGCUCGCUUCCCAGUCACAGGUUUAAUAGAAGGGCGCUCCUACAUAUUCCGAGUCCGAGCUGUGAAUAAUGCUGGCGUGAGCAUUCCAUCCCGGAUUUCAGAGCCUGUAGCAGCCCUGGAUCCUGCUGAUAGGGCCAGACUUAGAAGUCAUCCCUCUGCCCCUUGGACUGGACAGAUUAUUGUCACUGAGGAGGAACCUACAGAGGGCAUUGUUCCUGGACCACCUUUAGACCUUCAUGUUACAGAAGCCACAAAGAACUAUAUUGUGCUCGGUUGGAAACCUCCAUUUGAGCGGGGCCAUGAGGGUGUCAUGUACUUCGUUGAAAAGUGUGUUGCAGGAACCGAAAACUGGCAGAGAGUGAACACAGAGAUACCUGUCAAGUCCCCUCGCUUUGCACUUUUUGACUUAGCGGAAGGGAAGUCCUACCAGUUCCGUGUCCGUUGCUGUAAUUCAGCUGGAAUUGGUGAGCCCUCAGAAGCCACUGAAGCCACCGUGGUUCGUGACAAACUUGAUAUUCCUAGUCCUCCUAGCCAUCUUGUACCUGUCAGAAAUACAGACACCUCAGUAGUUGUCACUUGGACAGAAUCCAAAGAUGCAAAAGAGUUGAUUGGAUAUUACGUAGAAGCAAGCAAAGUCGGAUCUGGUCACUGGGAACCAUGCAACAAUAAUCCUGUGAAAGGCACAAGAUUUACUUGCCAUGGACUUACUACUGGGGAUCACUACACUUUCCGUGUCAGAGCUAUUAAUGCAGCAGGACUCAGUGAGUAUUCGCAGGAGUCAGAAGCCAUUGAAGUCAAGGCAGCUAUUGGGGGAGGAUUGCUUCAUGAUGUAUGUCCUGGACUAAGUGGUAAAGCUGAUGGACUAACAGACCACACUGCCAACUGGGAAGGCAUGCAUGAGUCCUCCCAGCCUAUCUUUGACACAGAUGCUUUGUUAAAACGCAAUGCUAAACCUAACAGGCAAACAGUGCCCGAUAGCUCUGGUAAGCAGAGGAGUCCGACAGACAAUAAAGUGAGUGAAAAAGUUCCAUCUCCUUCACCACAAAAAGCAGCUACCAAGCAGGCAAGUAAGUCUCGUCCUGAGGACCGCUCAGCACUGCAGAGAAUGAAAAAGAAAGGUGAUAUAGCUCCUCCAUCUCCACCAUAUGACAUCACGGUGCUUGAAAGUGUUCAUGACUCAAUGGUCCUUGGAUGGAAACAGCCGAAAACUGUCGGUGGAGUUGAUAUAACUGGCUAUUAUGUGAAUUACCGGGAAGUGAUUGGUGGAAAACCUGGAGAGUGGAAAGAGGCUAACAUUAAGGCAGUUAGUGAGAGGGCAUACAGGCUCCAUGACUUGAAGGAAAAUAUGACGUACCAGUUUCAAGUGGCUGCUGCUAACCUAGCUGGCCUUGGCCCUCCUUCUCCAGCUAGCAAGUCCUUCAAAUGUGAAGAAUGGACCAUUGCUGUUCCAGGACCACCCCAUGAUUUGUCAUGCAGUGAAGUUAGGAAAGAUUCUUUGGUUAUAUUGUGGAAACCACCAAUUUACAUUGGCCGAAGUCCUGUAACUGGUUUUUAUGUUGACAUGAAAAAAACAGAUGCACCAGAGGAACAUUGGAGGAGUGUGAACGAGAAAGCUGUUGCAAACAAAUUCUUCAAGAUCACUGGCCUAAAAGAAGGCACCAGUUAUGUAUUCCGUGUACGAGCAGCAAACCAAGCUGGAGUUGGGAAGCCUUCAGAUCCCACUGACCCUGUAAUAGCUGAAACUCGACCAGGAACAAAAGAAGUUGUGGUUGAAGUAGAUGACAAUGGAGUAAUUUCCCUGAACUUUGAAUGUGAUCAGAUGACUGCAGACUCUAAAUUCAUCUGGUCCAAGAAUUAUGAACCAAUUGAUGAUGAUUCGCGGUUAGCCAUUGACACCAAAGGUGGAAAGUCAAAAGCUAUCUUUAAAGAUCUCAGUGAAGACGAUUUGGGCAUUUACUCCUGUACUGUAACAGACACAGAUGGAGUCUCAUCAAGCUAUACAUUAGAUGAGGAAGAAAUGAAACGCCUGCUUGCACUCAGCCAUGAACACAAAUUUCCAGUUGUCCCCCUUAAGUCUGAAUUGGCAGUUGAAAUUCUGGAGAAGGGACAGGUGCGAUUCUGGAUGCAGGCUGAGAAAUUGUCUCCUCAUGGUAAAGUCAACUUUGUAUUUAACGACAAGGAAAUUGUUAAUGGAGAGAAAUACAAGAUGAAGGUUGACAACACUUCUGGUAUGAUUGAAAUGGUUAUGGAUAGACUUGAAGAUGUGGAUGAAGGCACCUAUACCUUUCAAAUUCAGGAUGGCAAAGCAACCAAUCAGUCCAGUCUUGUUCUCAUUGGUGACGUGUUCCAGAAACUACAGAAAGAAGCAGAAUUCCAGAGGCAAGAGUGGUUCAGGAAGCAAGGUCCACAUUUUGUUGAGUAUCUGGGAUGGGAAGUUACCCCUGAAUGCAAUGUGUUACUGAAAUGCAAGGUAGCCAAUAUUAAGAAAGAAACACACAUUGUUUGGUACAAAGAUGAAAGAGAGAUAAUGGUUGAUGAAGAACAUGACUUUAAGGAUGGCGUAUGUACUCUGCUGAUAACAGAGUUUUCUAAGAAAGAUGCUGGUAUAUAUGAAGUAAUAUUGAAAGAUGACAGAGGGAAGGACAAGAGCAUAUUGAAGCUUCUGGACACAGCUUUUGCAGAUUUGAUGACGGAAGUAUGCAAAGUGAUUGCUUUAUCUGCAACAGAACUGAAAAUCCAGAGCACAGAAGAAGGCAUCAGAUUAUAUUCAUUUGUUAGCUACUACUUGGAAGAUCUGAGAGUGAGCUGGUCACACAAUGAUGUUAAAAUGAAGUAUACAGAAAGAGUUAAGACUGGUGUUACUGGGGAGCAAAUCUGGUUGCAAAUCAAUGAGCCAACACCCAACGACAAGGGAAGAUAUAUAUUGGAGCUCUUUGAUGGCAAAACUGGACACACGAAGACAGUGGAUCUUUCUGGGCAAGCCUUUGAUGAAGCCUUUGCUGAAUUCCAGAGGUUAAAAGCAUUGGCGAUUGCAGAGAAAAAUCGCGCCCGGGUGCUUGGAGGGCUGCCCGACGUUGUCACCAUCCAGGAAGGCAAGGCGCUUAAUCUUACUUGCAGUGUCUGGGGAAACCCUGCUCCAGAAGUUUCAUGGAUGAAGAAUGAAAAGCUUCUGGCAGGAGAUGAUCACAUCAUCCUGAAAUUUGAAUCAGGAAAACAAGCAAGCUUCACCAUCACGGCUGUCAGUACAGCUGACUCAGGGAGAUACAGCCUUAUAGUGAAAAACCAGUAUGGCACAGAGACAAGUGAUUUAACUAUAAGUGUGUUCAUACCUGAGGAAGGGAUGGCCCAUGUCCCCCUUCCAGAUCAUGGCAAAGGAGAUAAGAAAAAGAAGGCAUGAAGCUAAAGCUAAGAUGGACAAGUGUUGCAGAGAGGUAGAGUUCUAUCUGGUUUAAUAAUAUGUGUGUGUAAAUGGUUUUGCCUGUGAGUAUGAAGUAGAUCUGAACCCUUCCACUCACUUCAUUUUAGAUGUUGUGAUCAGGCAAAAAUGGGGAAUGCUCCCACUCCCAGCCUGGCUUUCUGUCACAUGAACUUAACUCGAAAGCAUAAUAGGAUAAUGCUCAUAACGCAGAAGCAUAAUAUUUAAGGAAGUCAUUUAAUCAGUGAUGUGAGUGAAAGGAUGGAAAAAAUUACAAUCGUUUAUUGGAGGAGAUUUUCUCACCAGGAAUCUAGAUUUGAGCCUGCUGGUAAUCUAGUAUAAACUGAAUGUAGUGUAGGAUAGGACUCUAGAAAACAGAUAUUAAAGCAAACAAAUGUUAUGUGUUGACAUGAUAUUAAUACACACUAACGUCAGUGGAAAAAACUGAACCCUCCUCAGUAUUCAAAAAUAAAUAAAACACUUUUUCGCUUUG